GGUUGGUACAGACUAGACUUGAAGGAAAAGGCGGCCACCUUUACUGCCGUCACAGCCGCUGCUGCUUGGAGGCUUGUCCGACCCCCGAACGCCCCUCGCUCCCCGACUCGUCUCGCCCGACUGACUCGCCAUGGACGCUACUCUGCUAGCCCGCCUGCUCCCCGGCCUAGCCAUCAAGAUCCAAAGAAGCAACGGCCUGAUUCAUAGCGCCAAUGUCAUGACAGUAAAUCUGGAGAGAUCCUCUGUCUCAGUGGAAUGGGCAGAAGGUGGCUCUACCAAGGGCAAAGAGAUUGACUUUGAGGACGUGGCAGCCAUCAACCCGGAGCUUCUGCAACUGUCUCCUCUCCCUGUCCACCCGAAGGAUAGCCUGCCUCUGCAGGAGAAUGUCACCGUCCAGAAACAAAAGCGCCGAUCAACCCUCUCCAAAAUCCCUGCUCCCAAAGAAGCUCUGCGUGGCCGUUCUACCCGGAUGUCUGCCAUCGCACAGACUCAGAGGCUCCUGGCCCAGGAGAAUGACAUGGAGGUAGACCCCUCAGCAGCUGCCAACACCAGGAGCCAGUUUGCAAUUCCCACGGGUCUCUCUCGUGCCCCGCGUGCUGGCAUGAGCGAGAUCCCCCUGGCUGCUGUCAGUGAGGCUGCAGAAGAACAGACGUCUUCCAUCCGAGGCAACUCUGCUGCCAACCCAGCAAAUUCAGUUCGAAGGAAGUCAUGCCUAGUGAAGGAAAUGGAAAAAAUGAAGACAAAACGAGAAGAAAAAAGGGCUCAGAACUCAGAAAUGCGGAUCAAGCGUGCACAGUACUCUCUGCACAGGUGGAGGCCCCAGAAAACUGGUGCAGUGGUCCCUUUCCCAUCCAUUGUUGCCCCACAGGAAUAUGAUACUAGCCUGCCAAACUGGGAAUUUGCACGGAUGAUUAAGGAAUUCCGAGCUACUCUGGACUGUCAGAGACUCACCAUGACUGACCCUAUAGAGGAACAUCGGAUAUGUGUCUGUGUUAGGAAGCGCCCUCUUAAUAAACAAGAACUGGCCAAGAAGGAGUUUGAUGUGAUCUCAGUUCCCAGCAAGUGCCUCCUUCUAGUGCACGAACCCAAACUGAAAGUGGACCUGACCAAGUACCUGGAGAACCAGGCGUUCCGCUUCGAUUUUGCCUUUGAUGAAACGGCAUCCAAUGAGGUUGUCUACAGGUUCACAGCCAGACCAUUGGUACAGACGAUCUUUGAAGGAGGAAAGGCAACCUGCUUCGCAUAUGGCCAGACAGGCAGUGGCAAAACCCAUACGAUGGGCGGUGACUUCUCUGGGAAAAGCCAGAAUGCAUCCAAGGGCAUCUACGCAUUUGCCUCACGAGAUGUCUUCUUGCUAAAGAAUCAGCCCCGAUACAAAACCCUUGGCCUCGAAGUCUACGUGACCUUCUUUGAGAUCUACAAUGGGAAGCUCUUUGACCUCCUGAACAAGAAGGCCAAGCUUAGAGUACUAGAAGAUGGCAAGCAGCAGGUGCAGGUGGUGGGGCUGCAGGAGCACCUGGUGAACUCAGCUGACGAUGUCAUCAGGAUGAUUGAGACGGGCAGCGCCUGCAGGACCUCGGGGCAGACGUUUGCCAACGCCAGCUCUUCCCGAUCCCAUGCCUGCUUCCAGAUCCUGCUCCGGGCCAAGGGGAAGCUACAUGGCAAGUUCUCCCUGGUGGAUCUGGCCGGGAAUGAGCGAGGGGCUGACACGUCCAGUGCCGACCGGCAGACUCGCAUGGAAGGGGCUGAGAUCAACAAGAGCCUGCUGGCCUUGAAGGAAUGUAUUCGGGCUCUGGGGCAGAAUAAGUCGCACACACCAUUCCGGGAAAGCAAGCUGACCCAAGUGCUCAGGGACUCCUUCAUUGGGGAGAAUUCACGGACCUGCAUGAUCGCCAUGAUCUCCCCAGGGAUGAGCUCCUGUGAAUAUACUCUAAACACCUUGAGAUAUGCAGACAGGGUCAAAGAGCUGAGUCCUCACAACGGUGGGAAUGGGGAACUGCAGACCCAGAUGGAGACGGAGGGGGACGAGCUGGAGCCCAACUCUGACGGCGCCAGUCACUCCCAUGGCCUGUCCAAGGAUGAAGAGGAGCUCUCAUCCCAGAUGUCCAGCUUCCAGGAGGCCAUGACCCAGAUCGGGGAGCUCGAGGAGAAGGCCAUAGAGGAGCUCAAGGAGAUCGUUCAGAAGUGGUCUAACUGGAUCGAGCUACUGGAGACCACGGAGCAGCCAGACUACGACCUGGAGACCUUUGUGAACAAAGCCCAGCAAGCUGCCGCUGAGGGGAUCAAGAACUUCAGCAGCCUCCAAGAUGUCCUGCAGGCCUUGCGCCUCGCCAUGCAGCUGGAAGAACAGGCCAGCCUGCAGAUGAGCAGCCACAAACGACCUCAGUAACAUGCCAAUAAACUGUUUGAUGGUUAAGCUCUUCCUUCAGGGGUGUCUGGAUGCCCUCCUUGUUUGGGGUGCUAGGGCACACUGCUGGGACGUCCGCCCGCUGGGUCUGGGCCUGGGCAGCCUCCAAGGUCCUGGACGGGCAGGCUCCGGGGGCUCCCGGCCAGCGUUCUUUUUUCCAUGUCUGUUGUGUAGGGUUUUCUAUCGUACGGUCUUAGUGAGCAUUCGGCCUGUGUGACUGAUCGAGGUCUGGCCAGCAGCUGUCCCAGAGCUGGGAGGAGAUGAGGAAGGACCAGCCUUCCCUUCAGUUCCAGGGCUUCGGGCUGCCUUCCAGUGCGGACGGUUCUGGGCCUUGCUGUCGGCUGCCCAGUGUCUGCUUGGGGUGGGGGUGGGGGGGAUUUUUUUUAAAAAAGAUUCUGAAACCCUUUCUCCUCAGUCCCUCUGACAACCCUUUUGGGUUUCGUUGAGGUGAAGGGGACCAGUCUGUUGUCUGUUGUCUGUAUUUAAACAUUGCGUCUCCCAAUAAAGGAAGA